AUGCCAUCCACUUUCGUUGGAGGGAAGGAGUCACUGCCGGACUUAACUGCAGCUUCUUCAUCCACCAAUGUCAUGGCGCUGGCUCAGGCCACCGUGCAGAAGCUCCGGAUGGAGCUGUCGGUGCGGAAGCUCCGGAGUGGCAAUGAUUGCAAUGUUGAGAAGUUGGAGAAGGCUGAAGUCUUCGACGAACUGCAGCCACUGGUCGAGGAGCUGCAGUGGAGCCUCGAAGCACAGGAGCAGAAGUUGGAAGAGCUCCUGACCACCGAAAGGUCGGAGAGAAGAGCAGCAACUUCUG